UUAAAAUGAGCCUUACAGACAUUCUAAGCCCUUCUGACAUCGCUGCUGCUCUGCGGGACUGCCAAGCUCCAGAUUCCUUUAGUCCCAAAAAAUUCUUUCAGAUCAGUGGGAUGUCUAAAAAGAGUAGCAGCCAGAUCAAGGAGAUCUUCCGGAUUCUCGACAAUGAUCAAAGUGGCUUUAUUGAGGAAGAUGAGCUCAAGUACUUCCUUCAGAGGUUUGAGUGUGGAGCCAGAGUGUUAACCACCUCAGAAACCAAGACCUUCUUGGCAGCUGCAGAUCAUGAUGGGGAUGGUAAAAUCGGGGCUGAAGAAUUCCAGGAAAUGGUACAGGCUUAG